UCUCUUCGCCCGCAUACACACACACACACAUAUAUAUAUAUAUGUGUGUGUUCACGCACACUGCCUCGUUCACUCUCUCUCUUGAUCUCCAAAAAUCCCUACCAAAAAACCCCAGAAAGAUUGCGAAAUCAGGGCUAGUUUAGAUAUAGGCAUACAAAAUCUAGCCCUAGAAAUCUGUUCUCUGCGUUUGGUCUGGGCGCAUUUCGGUUUUAUUCUGAUUUCGACAACUGUGAUGGCGACGGCGAUUCAAGCCCCGUCGGGGCACCAGGUGGUUCAGGUUACGGUGGGGUCGGCUGUGGCGACGCCGGCGGCACAGCCGGGGGGAGGAUUCGGCAAUGCGUCGCUGUACGUGGGCGAUCUGGACGCGGCCGUGAACGAGGGGCAACUGUUCGAUCUGUUCAACCAAGUGGCGCAAGUCGUAUCGGUCAGGGUUUGCAGGGAUCAGGCGAGGCAAACCUCGCUCGGCUACGCUUACGUCAAUUUCGGCACCGCGCAAGACGCUGCUAAUGCCAGGGAGCUUUUGAAUUUCACUCCUGUCAAUGGGAAACCUAUCAGGAUUAUGUUUUCUCAACGGGAUCCUAGUAUCCGGAAGAGUGGAUAUGCUAAUGUGUUCAUUAAGAACUUGGACACAUCCAUAGAUAGCAAGGCCUUGCAUGACAUUUUUGCUGCCUUUGGCACUGUGCUUUCUUGCAAGGUAGCAAUUGAUGCCAAUGGUCAAUCAAAAGGAUAUGGGUUCGUGCAGUUUGACCAGGAGAAUGCUGCCCAAAAUGCAAUUAGGCGGUUAAAUGGCAUGCUGAUUAAUGAUAAACAAGUUUACGUGAGCCUUUUUGUUCGUCACCAGGAAAGAAACCAAGCAACCGGAUCUCCAAAAUUCACCAAUAUCUAUGUGAAAAACUUUUCUGAAACUAUUACUGAUGAGGACCUUAAGAAUACUUUUGGCAAGUAUGGUCCCAUCACCAGUGCAGUAGUAAUGAGGGAUGCAAAUGGGAAGUCUAGAUGUUUUGGUUUUGUAAAUUUCCAGAGUCCAGAGGCUGCCGCCGCUGCAGUAGAGAACUUGAAUGGGACAUCUCUAAAUGACGACAAAGUUAUAUAUGUUGGGAAAGCUCAAAGAAAAGCAGAAAGGGAAGCAGAACUAAGGGCAAAAUUUGAACAGGAAAGGAGAAGUAGAUUUGAGAAAUUACAAGGUGCUAACUUAUAUAUCAAAAAUCUAGAUGACAACAUUAAUGAUGAAAGACUGAAGGAGUUAUUUUCUGAGUUUGGAACCAUAACAUCAUGCAAGGUCGUGCUUGAUUCACAAGGGGUGAGCAAGGGGUCUGGUUUUGUGGCCUUCUCUACGCCUGAUGAAGCUGCAAGAGCAUUGAAUGAAAUGAAUGGGAAGAUGAUUGGUCGAAAACCUUUGUAUGUUGCUGUGGCCCAGCGUAAAGAAGAAAGGAAGGCGUUAUUGCAGGCACAUUUUGCUCAUGUACAAGUAUCAGGUGGAAUGGCAGUUUUGCCUACAGGAAUGCCUGGAUUUCACACAGGGACACCCAGGUUUGCUCCUCAGCAGUUGUAUUUUGGUCAAGGUGCACCUGGUCUGCUAUCUCCUCAACCUGCUGGCUAUGGGUUCCAGCAGCAACUCGUGCCUGGUAUGCGCCCAGGUUUUGCGCCAAAUUUUGUUAUGCCAUUUCAUCUUCAGAGACAAGGACAAUCUGGACAGCGAGGAGGUAGGAGAGGCGGGAAUCCACCACAAAUGCAGCAGCACCAGCAGCUGAUGCAUCGCAACCCAAAUCAUGGUUUGAGGUACGUGGCCCGAAAUGGUACUGAUCCAUCCAUGGUUCCCCAAGGUCUCAUGGCUCCACUGAUGCCAUUGCCUUUUGAUGGUUCGGGGAUGUCAACAAAUCCAAUGGAUAUACGGAGUCCUGUACCAGUGCCAAUGUCAACACUUGCUUCUGCUAUGGCUUCUGCUACGCCAGAGAAUCAGCGCAUGAUGUUGGGAGAGCAGUUAUUUCCGCUGGUGGAGCAGCUUGAGCGUGACCAUGCAGGAAAAGUGACGGGAAUGUUGCUGGAGAUGGAUCAGACUGAGGUUCUCCAUCUGAUCGAGUCUCCAGAUGCUCUGAAGAAGAAAGUUGGGGAGGCCAUGGACGUCCUCAAUUUAGCAUCAUCGGGAGCUGAUGUUGGUGAUCAGCUGGGCUCAAUGACCUUGAAGGAAUGAAAGGAGCCCAGUUUUUCUUGCUGAGCUGAGCAUAUAAUAUCUCUCAUAUGGGGAUGGAUCUGCAGGCCCAUUUUUUGUUAGGGUUUAGGGCUUGAUGAGCUUUGACUGGUUAGUUGGGGGGGUUUUGUUUUCACCUAGUUCUAAUUUUUAGGAGGAUCUCAUCUGUUCUCUUCUCUGCUCUCCUCUCCUCUCUUCUCCUCUCCUCUCUUCUCUUCUCUUCUCCUCUCCUCUCUUCUGUUUUCGUGGUGGCAAGUUCUGGCUGGAAAUUAAACUAUUUUCUUGGGGACAGUAAUAUCUUUAUUUUGUGUGUGUUUGGUUAGACUAUAUAUGCUUUUGCCAUUUUACUGGGGAUUUGAAUGGCGUGCUUUC